AUGACUUUUGAGUGGCCUUGGCAGUAUAACUUCCCUCCCUUUUUCACACUGCAGCCAAAUGCUGACACACGGCAGAAACAGCUGGCAGCGUGGAGCUCCUUGGUGCUGUCCUACUGCCGACAUCACAGACUCUAUACAUUGGACGUUUUGGAAGCGCAAGAAAGCCCGGUGUUCAACAACAAAAACACAGGGAGGAAGCUUUCCACAGAAGCCAUUCAAGUCAUUUUUGAAGAACUGAGAAAAAAAGGGAAUUUGGAGUGGAUGGACAAAAACAAAGCUCGGUGCUUGAUCAUGUGGAGAAGGCCAGAGGAGUGGGGCAAACUCAUAUAUCAGUGGGUUUCCAAAAACGGCAUGAUGAACUCUGUGUUCACACUAUACGAGCUGUCCAAUGGAGAUGACACAGAAAGCGAAGAGUUCCACGGGCUGGAGGACUGGCUGCUGCUCAGGUCCUUGCAGGCUCUGCAGACAGAAGGCAAGGCGGAGAUCAUCACCAUGAAUGACGGGAAAGGGGUGAAGUUCUUCUGAAGGACACGGCGCUGUUGCGGCGGAGACUGUGCAGAUAUCGGGCCGGCGCGCUGUGCUACCCGCCGGGCCGGUCCGUGUUCCGUCGGGAGGCACGAAGCCUGGGCUCCUUGUGUUGUAGACCGCAGGAAAUGCUUAUGGAAAAGUCCCCUUAUUCUGGGGGAGGCUUUUCCUCUUUAGAUUUUGGGGGUGGGGUGGGUGAAUCAAAAUUGUAAAGCGCUCCUCCUUCAAGCAGGCUCUCCUUGCUCCACUCUUUUCCAGAAUAUUUUUCCACUGUUUUUUAUUUUCUUUUUUUUUUUACAGUGAUUAACUUCUGUUGAGUGACUGACGAGGAUAAAUACCCGUCAGGUCCAGUGCAAUACUUCUUGCAAUAAAGAAUUUCUCAGCAAACAACGGACGUCUGGAAAACAGUUUUCCAUCCUUGGCUUGUGGAAGAUCUUUAGGAUUUGGGGUUCCUUACUGGAAAAAGCUGGAGAUGGGGAGCAUGCAGCUUUAUUGGACAAGCAUUAUAAGCAAGGAGGUAGCCAUUGUACAUAUCGCUGGAUCUUCCUGUCAAAAUCUUGUAGCCAUUUGCUCUGUAUUUGACUGCCUUUUAUAUUGCUGGGUUACUGUAAAAUAAACUGAAACGACAUCCAACCUGGA